CCGCGGGGUGCGUGAAUGAAUGACGGCCCGGCCGGCGCUGCGGGACGUGUCGGCGCGGGGACCCCGGAUCUUCCGUCCUCCUCGCGGGCGGCUGCUGGUGGCCCGGCCGGGGCGGGCAGGGGCUGCCCGGUGCGGGGCUGUGCGGGACCCGGGCUCAGGUGCCAGCACCCGGGCGUGGGUCAGAGUAUGCAAGCUGCCCGAUGCCCUACGGAUGAGCUGUCGCUGACCAACUGUGCGGUUGUGAAUGAAAAGGAUUUCCAGUCCGGCCAGCAUGUGAUUGUGAGGACCUCGCCCAACCACAGGUACACGUUCACCCUGAGGACCCACCCGUCCGUGGUUCCAGGGAGCAUCGCCUUCAGCUUACCCCAGAGAAAAUGGGCUGGACUUUCUAUUGGACAAGAAAUAGACGUGUCCUUAUAUACAUUCGACAAGGCUAAACAGUGCAUUGGCACAAUGACCAUCGAGAUUGACUUCCUGCAGAAAAAAAGCAUCGACUCCAACCCUUAUGACACAGAUAAGAUGGCAGCAGAGUUUAUUCAGCAGUUCAACAACCAGGCCUUCUCCGUGGGACAGCAGCUUGUGUUCAGCUUCAACGAGAAGCUCUUUGGCUUGGUGGUGAAGGACAUCGAGGCGAUGGACCCGAGCAUCCUGAAGGGAGAGGCCGCCACGGGGAAAAAACAGAAGAUUGAAGUAGGACUGGUCGUUGGAAACAGUCAGGUUGCAUUUGAAAAAGCAGAAAAUUCAUCACUCAAUCUUAUUGGCAAAGCUAAAACCAAGGAAAACCGCCAGUCUAUCAUCAAUCCCGACUGGAACUUUGAGAAAAUGGGCAUAGGAGGUCUGGAUAAGGAAUUUUCAGAUAUUUUUCGACGUGCAUUUGCUUCUCGAGUGUUUCCUCCAGAGAUUGUGGAGCAGAUGGGGUGCAAACAUGUUAAAGGCAUCCUGUUAUAUGGGCCUCCCGGUUGUGGUAAAACUCUUCUGGCACGACAGAUUGGCAAGAUGUUGAACGCAAGAGAGCCGAAAGUGGUCAACGGGCCAGAAAUCCUGAACAAAUACGUGGGCGAAUCGGAAGCUAACAUCCGAAAGCUCUUCGCCGAUGCUGAAGAGGAGCAGAGGCGGCUGGGUGCCAACAGCGGUCUGCACAUCAUCAUCUUCGAUGAGAUUGACGCCAUCUGCAAGCAGAGAGGGAGCAUGGCUGGCAGUACGGGGGUCCACGACACGGUAGUCAACCAGCUGCUGUCCAAGAUCGAUGGUGUGGAGCAGCUGAACAACAUCUUAGUCAUAGGGAUGACCAACAGGCCGGAUCUCAUAGACGAGGCUCUCCUUCGACCCGGAAGACUGGAAGUGAAGAUGGAGAUCGGUUUGCCGGAUGAGAAGGGACGGCUGCAGAUCCUGCACAUCCACACGGCCCGCAUGCGAGGGCACCAGCUGCUCUCUGCUGACGUGGACAUCAAAGAGCUGGCCGUCGAGACCAAGAACUUCAGUGGGGCCGAGCUGGAGGGCCUGGUGCGGGCAGCACAGUCCACUGCCAUGAACAGGCACAUAAAGGCCAGCACUAAAGUGGAAGUUGACAUGGAGAAAGCAGAGAGCCUGCAGGUGACAAGAGGAGACUUCCUUGCGUCUUUGGAAAACGAUAUCAAACCAGCAUUUGGCACAAACCAAGAGGAUUACGCGAGUUACAUAAUGAACGGGAUCAUCAAGUGGGGCGACCCAGUCACCCGCGUUCUGGAGGAUGGGGAACUGUUGGUUCAGCAGACCAAGAACAGUGACCGCACACCCCUGGUCAGCGUCCUUCUGGAAGGCCCUCCGCACAGCGGCAAGACCGCCCUCGCGGCCAAGAUCGCCGAGGAGUCCAACUUCCCCUUCAUCAAGAUCUGCUCCCCUGAUAAGAUGAUCGGCUUCUCCGAGACGGCCAAGUGCCAGGCCAUGAAGAAGAUCUUCGAUGACGCAUACAAAUCCCAGCUGAGCUGCGUGGUCGUGGAUGACAUCGAAAGACUGCUCGAUUACGUCCCCAUCGGCCCUCGCUUCUCCAACCUGGUGUUACAGGCUCUCCUUGUGCUGCUGAAGAAGGCGCCUCCGCAGGGCCGCAAGCUUCUCAUCAUUGGGACCACUAGCCGCAAAGAUGUCCUUCAGGAGAUGGAGAUGCUUAAUGCCUUCAGCACCUCCAUCCACGUGCCCAACAUCGCCACAGGAGAGCAGCUCAUGGAGGCUUUGGAGCUUUUGGGCAACUUCAAAGAUAAGGAGCGCACCACCAUCGCCCAGCAAGUCAAAGGGAAAAAGGUCUGGAUAGGAAUCAAGAAGUUGCUGAUGCUGAUUGAGAUGUCCCUACAGAUGGAUGCGGAAUAUCGAGUGAGAAAAUUCUUGGCCCUUUUACGAGAAGAAGGAACCCGUCCCCUGGACUACGACAGCGAGCUCUUCUCAGGCACAGACUGACCCCGAGACGCGACCGAGGUGAAGAGGGACUCGGCGCUUCCCUCGGCUCCCUCAAGAAACUGGACUCAGUGAAACGUGUCCCGCCUCCACCCGUGCUCGCCCCCGCAUGACCCGUGCAAUCCGCGCCCCUCCCCUCCCCGCGCUCGGCCGCGGCCUGGUGGCAGGUUUCCAUUCACUAUAGAAUUCCGUGCUUCCUCCUCCGUGCCAGCUGAAUGAUUCCUUCUUCCUCAGUCCUCAGGUGUGUGUGUGCGUACGUGUGUGCGUGUGCGUGUGUGCGCGUGUGUGUGCGUGUGUGUAGAGGGUCGGGGGCGCAGUCCCUACUGUCUUUGUGAACACUACCUUUUCCACUCCCACCUCCCGCCGCCCCCAAAACUCUCAAGGAAUCACUUCAUGUAGCGGAACAGCACUUGGCCUGUUCGAGGGAAUGUUAUGGGCCCAGAAUAGCGCGAGCCGGGAGAGCGCAGCGGGGUCUGGGGCUCAAGGGUCCCAGGGAAGCUGGCUGUCACUUCCAUCUGACAGAACACUGCUGCGCUCAGUGGCUUUUGAGGCUGUUCCCAGGUGCAAUCUUCAGAGAGAGUCAGAGAGAACCGAGUGGCUGUGGCACCCCUUCACCUUCCCCACCCCCCCCUGCAGGAACCUAGGAACAGGGCUGUGUGGAGAAGGGUGUGCCCCUAGGCCAGAAGGAGUGGAAACGCCCGCCACCCCCAGUCCUCCGCGCCAAGGAACAUCCCUGUCAAGUGGGCCCGCUCCUUGUAGAGUAACUGAGGCUAAUAGGGCCGCCCCUUGCCUUCGCUCCCCCCAAAUCUGUUGACUUAGGAUGUGCCCUUCGCUUUAAGCCGAUCAGCUGCGCUGCCUGGCAUCUAAACGAGCCACUUUCCGCCCGACUCCCUCCUCGCCUCUGCUCUGACCAUCAUUCCAGUUCUCAGAACACAUUUCCUUUGCCCUCUGCCUCCCAUCGGGCAGGGCUGUCGGUGUGUUGUGUGUGUGUUGGGGGAAGGGGGUCACCAAGUCCAGUCAUCCUGUCGGCGACGGGAGUUUAGUAGCGGGCCACUCUCGCCCCUGUGCUGCUGAAGACCCCGGGCAGAGAGGGUGGGCAGGGUCGUGGGCUGCUUCCGGCUGCGGGCCACUGGCCGCCGAAGGCAGACGGUCCCCAGAUCUUAACUCUCCGUGUCCUUUUUGCAAGACUCAUGCGUCAAACCUACUUUGUUUGGAAUUUCCUGCUUCUUUUGUGGCUUUUUACAGCGUGGACUUGACCAUUUCGCGAAAGGCCCUGAUUCCCAGUGGUCGUGUCCCACCCCCCACCCCGCCCCAAGUCCCUUAUUUGUUUGAGCCCUUCCCUGGCUCCUCUCCCCCCAGACAAAGCACACCUUGUACCCACUUCUGUCUCUUGUGAAGUGAGGCUGACGUCUUUGUUGUGUCCAAAACUAUAUUGAGAAAUAAAAAUGCUAUAUUGUUUAAUGCAAAUGAAGGAAUGCAAUAAAGAGUACGUAUACUUGAAAA